AUGCCAAAAGGGUCGCACAAACGCUCGAGAGAUCGCUCACAGGAGCGCUCUCGGGACAAAUCCUCCGAUAAAAACAUCAAGAGAAGUCGGAAAAGCUCAAAACGAGAUCGCCGUUCACGCAGCGCCUCGGAAGGCCGCCAUGAUCAUUCAGGUUAUGUCAGCCUUGAGGACAAACUCGAUGCCCUCAUCAACCUUCUUUCCAAAAACAAGAAAAAGCGUAUCCUAGAGUCUACGCAGCAGACGUCAGACCAGGUUAACGCGCAAGACAUCAAGGCAGCGUCCGCCCCUUUUCAAAAAUCUCUAGUCACCGACAAAGAGAAUGCGCCUCCAGCUCUGACGGUCGUCGAGAACGCCCGCUCUGUGUCCUUCGACACGGAAAUUCACACCAUAGCGGAACAGCAGUCUGAGGCAGAUUUCGCAGUUCCUGACUUCAAGAGGGAUUUAUUGGGCGACAAUGAACUAGCAGAAGUGUCGGGUCCACCAAUUCACGAUCUCUUGGUGGAAAAAUUGUCAACUAUUUUUUCAAACGGUUUCACUAAAGAAACGAGGGAAUUAUUAAUCAAGAAAUACCCCCCUCCGGCAAAUCUGCCUCUGUGCAGGGCCCCGUUACUCAACCAAGAGAUCCGUCAAGUGUUGCCGUUGUCUGCAGCUAAGAGAGACGAUUAUCAAUGCUCAACACAGAAGCUUAUAGGAGCCGCAAUCUCGGCUCAAACUCUCUUACUCUUGGAACUCCUGAAACCGGAGAUCUCCUGGGAUACUAAAGACAUUUUUGAAAAGGCCAGUGAUGCAGCACGCUUGACAGCGAUGAUACAGCACCACAUUUCAUUGACUCGUCGAUCCCUUAUCUCUCCAAUGCUGACACUGUCCGCAAAAAAUGCGCUAGAUGGUUCUGCUGUGGACAAAAAGCUGUUUGGUGAACAGUUCCUGGCAAAAAUGAAGGAGACUGCAUCAGCUGACAAGCUUGUCAAGGGUCUUACUAGGACGAGCGUACCCACAACAAAACCGCUUACUCUGAACACCAGGCAGCCACCUCAGAGGAGGUCACUGCAGGGAAACGAGAAACCCCUUGCGAGGAAAACUCAAGCGUCUCGUCCCGCAAGGGUUCAGCAACAGAAUUCGAGACGUCGCUCGAGAUCUCGCUCCAGAACGUUUCGCAGGAACUAG